CAGCAGCAACUUCCUGUGGCUGCAUCCGGACAGCAGCAACAUCCUGUGGCUGUAUCCGCGGCUGUAUCUGGACAGCAGCAACUACCCACGGCUGUAUCCGGACAGCAGCAACUUCCUGUGACUGUAUCUGGACAGCAGCAACUUCCUGUAGCUGUAUCCCGACAGCAGCAACUUCAGGCCGGACAGCAGCAACUUCCUGUGGCUGUAUCCAAAGAGCAGCAACUUGAGCAACUACCCAUGGCUGUAUCCGGACAGCAGCAACUUCCUGUGACUGUAUCCGGACAGAAGCAACUUCCUGUAGCUGUAUCUGGACAGCAGCAACUUCAGGCUGGACAGCAGCAACAUCCUGUGGAUGAAUCCGGACAGCAGCAACUCAAGAUCAUCAAGCUCUUGAUUGAAUGUUCGACCGUACAUGUAAAGAACUUUCAAGGUAAGACAGCUCUGGAAAUCUUCCAAGAGAAUCCCAACAGCGAUCCAGAUGUUGUGGAGAGGUUUCACCAAAAAGGACGUCGAGAAAGACGUUUUACUACUAUAAUUUCUCUAUCACAGUUUUAUAGCAGGGAACCAACCUUCCUUGAGAAGUACAGAAAUUGGAUUGGCAAGCUAGAUAAUUCCAGUCGCGAAACAGUGCUUAUAGUGUCAACCUUAGUUGCAGCUGCAACUUACCAAGCUGGGCUUGCUCCUCCGAAGGGAUAUUGGCAAGACUCCUCUCCAGAUCCCCAAGCCAAUUCCACUAUUGUUACCGCCAAUUCCAGCAGCAUUGCUCUUGGAAAACCACAUCAAGCCGGAGACCUUAUCCUAAGUGGUGAUCAACUAUCCGAGUACACGAUAAUGAAUGGCAUGGCUUUUUUCGCCUCGAUUGCCGUAAUCGGGGCCUGCGCUUUAACACUAAAGGACCGUCGUCUCGCCAGUGCCGCUGUUGCGCCUAUAAUGUUUCUCUGCUAUUCUUACUUGGUUACGUUUAGACUCCAAAUCCCCAAAACCAAUAAGGCGGCAGAAUUUUCUCUAGCAACAGCUUUCCUUCUCUUUUGGUUCGGCUGGCUUAGUCUCUUCAUAUACGCGGCGAUAAAGCUCAGAAGAGAUCCACGACGAAUCGACGGGACGUGGAGACGAGUCAAGGAUUGAAGGGUUCUAAUUUCACAAGUAGUAUUUACUUCUAACACUUCUUGUCGUUGGGGCAUCUAAUCUAUGUUUCUUAUUUUAAGGUUUGCAAGAAUCCAACUUUGCUGCUUGUAAUGGAGACAUCCAUUGAUUCCUUCGUC